AUGUUUGAUAAUUAAAUAAAAAACAAAAGAAAGAAAAGAAAGAAAAAGCAUAUAGCUAAAUUUAGGAAAUUUUUAUAAUUAAUGGAACAAAGUCGUACCCCCAGUUCUGAAAAAUAGCGCAAGCGUAGUUCAUCACGCAGUUCGAAGUCAGAAAGCAGAACAAAGCUCAAAGAUAGAAAGAGUAGAAGCAGAUCUAGAAGUAUUUCUAAUGACAGAAAAAAAUCUAGGUACAUGAGUGAUGACAAAUUUGGAGGAAGAAAGUAAUCAAGCAAACCUUUCAGAAAAAUUAGAUACAACAUUCCAAUGUUGGAUGGCCCCCUAGUCAAUUUUAGAUAGUUUAUGGAGCUUCAGACUGAUAGAGUGGAUACACAUAAGGCUGAGACUCACUAUCAAUAUUACAAAAAGCAUUGGGAAAAAAGACAAAAUGAAAUAUUUGUUAAAGAACACAUGGAAGAAGCAUGGUUCAAAGAGAAGUAUGAUCCUAUCAUUAGUGAGGAAAUACAAAAAGAUAGACUUUCAGAAUGCAAAAAAACUGCUGAAAAGUUCAUUGAAGAUUAUAAAAAUAAUGUAUUUAACUCCAUCUGCUUAGAAAUUACUGAAAAUAAAAUAUAAGAAAUAAAAUCUGUUGAAAAUAAUGAAGAAGACUAAGAAGAAAAUGAUAAAUAAACUGGUGUUGCUCAUCAAAAAAUUUAUUUGAGCGAAAAUUUCGACGUUACUCAAUCUCCAUAUUUUGGAUUUGACCCUGUUGUUCGUACUCUUUUCAUUAAGACUAUUCCUAAAGAACUUGGACGUUAAGAUAUUUAUGAAAUUAUUUAAAAAAUUCCUGGCUUCUAAAGUUUAUCUCUUUCUGAACCAGUUCCUAAUCAAUAAUUCUAAAGAUAUGGUUGGAUUACAUUUGAAACAGAAGAGUAAUGCAAUUAUGCAGCAGAAAGAUUUAAAAGCGACUGUCUUGUUAUUAACAAAUAUGAAUUUAAUAUUGUAAAAAAUAAUCAAAAAAGAAUGAUAAAAGUAGCUUAAAAAGUCGAUCUUAAGAAAUCUCAAACUGAUUUUGAAUAAAUCAUCAAACUUAUUGCCAAGUUUGACUAGUCAAAAACCAUUACUGGUAAUCCUUUAGUAGAGUUUAGCCCAGAAAAUUUCUCUUUCAAAAAUCUCGAUAUUUGUCUUCUUUACUUACGUCGCAUUCAUUCUUAUUGCUACUAUAGUGGAGUUCACUGCAACGAUGAGAGAAUGCUUACAAGCAAGUGCGGAUCUGUUCACUUAAGACUUAAGUCUGAUAACCCCAAUGAAGAAUGGGAAUUACCUAAUUGGUAAAAUAAAGUACAAGAUCUUGCUAAUUAAAAAAUUAUAGAAUUAGAACAAAUAAAGGAUUAACUUAAGGGUGUUGCUUUAUUCAAGGAGAGAUUAGCUUCCAAAAUAACUUACAAGGUACAAAAAUAAAUGAAGAGCGAGAAUGGAGCUUGGCCAUGUUUCUAUUGCUCCAAAAAAUUCAAAGGCUCAGAAUUCGUUGUUAAACACAUUGAUAAUAAACACUCAAAUGAAGAAAAGUAUUAAUAAGAACUCAAUAAGAUAAGAUCUGCAACAACUUUGGAAUUGUAUUCUAAUGAUAAAAAUAAAAUUACUCAUUAAGCACCUUAAAGCAAGGAUGGUUAACAUUUCCAAAACUUCAUGAACAGAAACAAAAAAUUUAAUGGAGGUUUUAAUAAAGAUAAAAAAUACAAUCAAAAAAGAAAUUUUAACAACAACCAUUAAUUUAAAGAUCUUGAUGAACCUGAAAUUGGAAACGAAACUCAAAUUUCAAAUAACACUGCAGGAGCUAUUAAUUAUUUAGAAAUUUGA